AUCCUGUGUGACAGCAUGUUGUGUUUGUGUGAAGGUGUGGACUCUGCUAUGGAUCCGUGUGAAGACACACAGGGGGGACCCUCGAAGUCCAUUCUGUGUGGGGACUGUGAGAUCCAGAUCAAAGCUCAGAGAGUGAAGCAGAAGAGGACAGAAGUUCUCAGGGUUCCAUUUGCUCAGCAGCAUCAAAGAUGCCUGAACCACAUGUUUACGAAUUUCAAGGAGAACAUGGUGAUGUUUGUUAAAGACGAGUUGAAGAGCAUCCAGAAGGUUCUCCUGACAAAUGAUGCAGAAUACUUGGAGAGUCAGAGUGAGGAUGAGGAGCAGAGGAACAUCCAACUGGUUUUCCUGGACCUCACUGUGAACUUCAUGAGGAGAAUGAAUUAUCUUGAGCUGGCUGACUGUCUGCAGAGCAGAACUCGUGCUGAAGUUUGUCGUCUUAAAUUCAAAUCUAAGGUGAAGCAGAAGUUUGAGCGUGUGUUUGAGGGGCUCUCUAAAGCAGGAAAGAUGACUCUUCUGAAGGAGAUCUACACAGAGCUCUACAUCACAGAGGGCGGGGCUUCAGAGGUCAACCAGGAACAUGAGGUCAGACAGACUGAAGCAGCAUCCAGGAAAACAGACUCACCACAAAGAACCAUCACAUGUGAAGACAUCUUUAAAGCCUCAGCUGACACUCAGCCACCAAUCAGAACAGUGCUAACAAAGGGCGUGGCCGGCAUCGGGAAAACAGUCUUAACACACAAGUGGACUCUGGACUGGGCUGAAGGGCGAACCAACCAGGACUUCCACUUCAUAUUUCCAUUCACUUUCAGAGAACUGAAUGUGCUGAAAGAGAAGAAGUUCAGCUUGGUGGAACUUGUUCAUCACUUCUUUCCUGAAACCAAAGAAGCAGGAAUCUGCAGCUUCCAAAACUUCCAGGUCUUGAUCAUCUUGGACGGUCUGGAUGAGUGCCGCCUCCCUCUGGACUUCCACAGCAAUGACAUCCUGAGUGAUGUCACAGAGUCAAGCUCAGUGGAUGUGCUGCUGACAAACCUCAUCAGGAGGAACCUGUUUCCCUCUGCUCGCCUCUGGAUCACCACACGACCUGCAGCAGCCAAUCAGAUCCCUCCUGAGUGUGUGGACAUGGUGACAGAGGUCAGAGGCUUCACUGACCCUCAGAAGGAGGAGUACUUCAGGAAGAGAUUCAGAGAUCAGAGGCAGUCCAGAAGAAUCAUCUCCCACGUGAAGACAUCACGAAGCCUCCACAUCAUGUGUCACAUCCCAGUCUUCUCCUGGAUCACUGCUACAGUUCUGGAGGACUUGUUGGACACCAGACAGAGACGAAAGCUUCCAGAGACCCUGACUGAGAUGUACCUCUACUUCCUGGUGGUUCAGUCCAAAGUGAAGAAGGUCAAAUAUGAUGGAGGAGCUGAGUCAGAUCCACUGUUGAAUCCAGAGAACAGGGAGAUGAUUGUGUGUCUGGGAAAACUGGCUUUUGAGCAGCUGCAGAAAGGGAACCUGAUCUUCUAUGAAGAGGACCUGACAGAGUGUGGCAUCAAUAUCAGAGCAGCCUCAGUAUACUCAGGAGUCUUCACACAGAUCUUUAAAGAGGAGAGAGGACUCUACCAGGACAAGGUCUUCUGCUUCGUCCAUCUGAGUCUUCAGGAGUUUCUGGCUGCUCUUUAUGUCCAUCUGACCUUCAUCCAGUCUGGAGUCAAUCUGCUGUCCAACAAACAAACAACAUCCAGAAGGUCUGAAACAUUUGAAGAUGAAGAAUUUGAAGAACUACUUUUUUUCCACAGUGAUAUUUUGGCAGAUGAAGAUGAACCUGAACUAACACGUCUCCAUCAGAGUGCUGUGGACGAGGCCUUACAGAGUCCAAAUGGACACCUGAACUUGUUCCUGUGCUUCCUUCUGGGUCUUUCCUUGCAGACCAAUCAGACUCUUCUACGAGGCCUGAUGACACAGACAGAGAGAAUCUCAGAGACCAAUCAGGAAACAGUGAAGUACAUCAAGAAGAAGCUCGAUGAGAAUCUAUCUGCAGAGAGAAGCAUCAGUCUGAUCCACUGUCUGAAUGAACUGAAGGAUCGUUCUCUACUGGAUCAGAUCCAGCAGUCCCUGAGCUCAGGACGUCUCUCUGUAGAACAUAUGGCUCCUUCUCUUGCAUCAGCUCUGAUCUUCAUCUUACUGUCAUCAGAUCGACACCUGGACGUGUUUGACUUGAAGAACUUCUCUGCUUCACAUGAAGCUCUUCUGAUGCUGUUGCCAGUGAUCAGAGAAUCUGAAAACGCUUUGUAAGUAGCAGGAUGAAUG